AUGCUAUUUAUUCUAGAUAUCAUCAUGAGCAAUAUCAAAUAUCAAAUAUCAAUAUCAAAUAUCAAUAUCAAAACAUCUACAUCAUCCUCAAACGUCAACUUUAAGCUUUCUCUAAUUGUAGUGACAUCCCGGUGGUCCGUGCGGAUCAACCACUUCGGCCCAUCUGGCCGCGGGAUCGAGAAAAAACAGCGAGGUAAACCUGAAGAGGCGAAAGAACGCAUCAGGAUGCUCAGCUCCGGAUUCACGAAUGCGCCGGUGACCAAAUUGGCUCUCGUCUAUAUCAUUGCUGCAUCGAUACUGGUGAGCAUUGCAGAUGCCAAAUACCUGUUUUACAUCCAAGUGAAUCCACACAUAUGGCAGUAUCAUCAGCUAUGGCGGUUUCUAAUCUGGCCGCUUACGGGUCAUCGAACGGCUAUGGGGAUCGAGGAAAGCUUUAUUCUUAGCACUCUUCCAUUUACAACUUUUCUCCCGCCUCUUAUCCUCACGAUUACAGUCCGCCCGCUAUCUUUAAAUACGCUGAACCAUCUCCCCGCUGGACCAACCGCAAUUCUCUUCGCCAUACUCGCGCAGUACCACGCUACUAUCCCCACGACAUACAAGUACCGUUUGUUAACCGGCUCAUCGGGUAAUGGACCAGCCAUUACAUUCAGUGACAAAUCGACGAUAUAUUUCCUUGCAUUCCAGCUGGCCUUAUCGCAAUUGCCCCACACUAUACUACCGGCAUUCAUAGGCUGGGUGAUCGGCUACGCAUGGCGUGCUGAGCUGCUUCCAAGCAAGAUAUCAUCAUGGAGAAUACCGGGUUGGAUAUAUGGUGGCUCGCCGGAACGUCAGAGACGACGUGGAAUUCCAAGAAAUAGGGGUGAUGGUGAUGCUUCCUCUUCUGGGACAGGAAGCAGAGAUCCAGAGCGGUUAGAAGGGCUACGGCGACGGCUAGAGGGUGAAUCUAGAGCUGCCUUUGUUGCUGUUGCUAGCACAGACACGGAUGGGGGCAGAAGAAGCACAGGUAGUGCUGGCGGCGGGGCUGGUGGUGUGCAGGAAGGAGAGCAGCGAAGGCCACUGGCUGGACAGAUAUUAGACCGGUUUAGGGGGACCUUCUGA